UUUGAAUCUGACCUGCUCGUGAAAGACAAUCGCAUCUCUUUAUUUCAAAGUUUGAAAGAAACAUUUAAACAAUGUCUUACAUGAGCCUAAUGAAAAAAAAACUCCUCACCAAUAAGAUAACUUGAAGGAAGUGCUUUGAGGAACAGAGGACUAUGGAUUCAGUUGGAGUGAAUGUGAUUGAAACGGCAGCUCUUGGGAGACCUUUCCAGCUCGGCAUGCUGUAUGACUGCAGAAAGGACGAGUUAAUACCAGGGCUCAGACUUUGGAGUAAAGAGCAGCUGCGGCAGAAUAUUUCCACUCAUUCCCAAAUUAAUACAAGAUUCAAUGUCACAGCUUCAGACUCUAUUCAGGACAAAUCUAAAAUACUAAAUAUUGAUGGUGGACUCAAACUGAGUCUUCUAGGUGAUCUUGUCCAUGUUAGUGGAGCAGCAAAAUAUCUCAAAGACACCAAGACGUCUUUCAAACAGCAGAGACUGACGCUACAUUAUCAUUCAACCAGCAGAUUUGAAGAACUGACCAUGAAUCAUUUGCCUUCUGGAAAUACUGCUGAGGAUGAUGAUACAGCAACACACGUUGUGACAGCAGUGCUGUAUGGAGCAGAUGCCUGCUUUGUGUUUGAUAGAGAGGUUACCUCAGAUGAGGACAGAAAAACAGUGAAAGGAGAAGUAAAAGUGGCUCUUGAGAAACUGCAGGGUGUCGUUUCAGUAGAUGCAAAUGUUGAUCUAAGUGUGAAUCACAAUCAGAAAACUGCAGUCCAAAAAUUCAUUUGUACAUUUUAUGGAGACUUCCAGCUACCAUCUAACCCGACCUCUUUUGAAGAUGCAUUGAAGGUUUUUGCUGAUCUUCCAAAACUGCUGAAAGAAAACCAAGAGCUGGCGGUUCCACUGAGAGUUUGGCUUUAUCCUUUGGACAAACUUUAUUCAAGACCUUCAAAACUUCAUAAAGACAUCAGCAUGGAUCUAACCAUGGAGAUUGAAUCAGUGAUCGAGAGUUUAAAUACAACAGAGAUGAAAUGCAGUGACCUUCUGAAAGACUCUCCUGCUCUGACAUUUGCUGCAUUUCAUGAUAAAAUUCUGCAAAUGAAGCACAACUGCUAUAAAUACAAGUUGAGGCUCGUGAAGACACUCGGCUCUCUGCUGCCAAACAUCCGUGGAGACGUGAUGAAAGAAACUGCACUGAAUGAUCUUCUACAAGAACAUGAUAAAUCUCCAUUCAGAGGACAUGACCUUGCAGAAUGGCUGAAAGAGAGAGAGAAAGAGUCUAAUAUCAUUAAAACAGUCCUCAGACAGCUGAAGGAUGCUGGUGCACAGGUAGAAGUCAACCUAGAUUCUAUCUUAAUGGAUCUGGAAGUUGGAUAUAUAGUUAGCUACACUUUCACAUCACUGUACUUUAACAUUUCACAUCGGACAGAUGUGCUCCUUAAACAAAAGGCAUAUCUGAGUUCUUCAACAAAAGGAGAAACUGAUGAGAAGAGCCCUGAUUCAAAGCAAAGGUCUUGGCUCACUACUGAGAUCCAACAGGCCAUGAGAAGCAACUUAAAUAUUUUUAAGAACUUGAUUGAUUCAAAAGACCGUGAACCAGCCAAGUUUAUUGUUUCCUCAAAGGAAAUGGAGAAUAAUCCAGGUUCUUGCAUUCUCCUGUAUGAAAAUGGAUGUAGUGAAGCUGUGUGCUUCACCUCUCCAUCCAAACCAGCCUGUCCAAUCACUGAAGAGGUCAAAGGUGAUGGUGUGAUUUUGAAGUCUCCUCCAUCAUGUCCUGCUACAGUGGAACUCAGAUUACUGUAUAAACCAAAGCAGGACACAGUCUGGACAUCUGUACGGGUGCUCAAGGGUCAAGAUACAGUUACUCUGACUGAUCUGAGAGAAGAAACUGAGUAUGAGAUCAAAUGUGCAGCAGUGGGGAAACUCAACUACACUGUGGACAGUGAUGUCAUCCAUCUAAAGGUCAUUGAGAAGAAGAUCAUCAUGGCAAUAGAUUCUGUCAUUGAAAAUCUGAGUUUCAUUGAAAACAAGUGCAGUAAACUAUUGCAAGACACCAGGACAAAUGCAUUAAGUGCAUGUCACAAGAAGAUUGAAGAUAUGAGGAGGCACUGCCAAAUGUACAGACAAGAUUUCGAUAAGACAAUUAAUUCACUGAUCCGGUCAGUUCAAGCCUGUGAAGGAGAAACUUGUGCUUUGACCAAUCUUCUACAAGCUCACAAAGAGUCUCCAUUCAACACACAUGAUCUUAAGGAGUGGAUUAGAGAGAAAGAGAAAGAAUUAAACACAGUGGGGGAGUUUCUUCAACAAUUACUGGACUUUGGAGCUGAGGUGAAUACAAGCUUAGACGCAGUUUUGUCAGAUAUUAAGGUGGAGAAUGUGGUUUGCUACAUGUUUAGUUCUCUUGAGCAGCCAGAUAAGUUGCUCUCUGAACAAGAAAAUUACUUGAAAUCUCAAACAACGUGGAAGAAUCCAGGAACAUCUCUUCAUGCAUUGACGUGGCUCACUGGAAACAUCAGGGGAAAAAUGAGAAAACAUUUAAUAAUGUUCAAGGAGCUAAUGACAUCACACGGCAGUCAAUCCACUAAAUUUAUUGUCUCCUCAAAGGAAAUGGAGAUUAAUACUGGUUCCUGCAUUCUCCUGUAUGAGCAUGGAUGUGAUGAAGCUAUUUGCUUUACUCCUCCAUCACAGCCAGCCUGUCCAAUCAUUGAAGAGGUCAAAGGUGACACUGUGGUUCUGAAAGUUCCUCCAUCAUGUCCUGCUACAGUGAAACUUAUGUUACUGUAUAAACCAAAGCAGGACACAGUCUGGAGAUCUGAACCUGUGCUGAAGGAUCAACACACAGUUACUCUGACUGAUCUGAGAGCAGGAACUGAGUAUCAGAUCAAAUGUGCAGCGCUGGGGAAACUCAACUACACCGUAGACAGUGACGUGAUCAGAGUCAUCACAGAGCAAAGUACAAGGAACCAAAGAGUUAAGGGUGUAAACAGAGAGGAGAGAGAGGAAUUUGAAAAAGAGGAGGAGGAGAUGAUGAAGAAGAAGAUCUAUGUUGAAACAGAAGAUUCAGUUCAGGUGAGUGUUCAGAGAAACCUGGAGAGAACUGAUUCAUGUUCUUCAUUGUUUGUCACUACAAUAAAGGGAUAA